UUUUUGAGUUAUUUUUAAAGUCUGUCGCAGUAUUCUAACUGUGCAAAGGUAGCAUAAUCAUUAGUCUUUUAAUUGAAGGCUGGUAUGAACGGUUGGACGAGGUAUAAGCUGUUUCAUAUAAAUUUAUAAUAGAAUUUUAUAUUUUUAUAUUAUAUUUAUGACUUUCGCGCAAUUCAUUUUGAAAUUAAUAUUCGAAAAUAAAAUUCUCAGAUGAUUUGUACUCUAAAAACUUCAUUAAAUUCAACAACAAUUCUGACCCAUAUAAUUAAAAUUUUCACAAUGUGGCUAGGGCUUUUUUGCAAAUAACACGCGUAAAAUACAUGUACACUUUUUGUAAAACAAAUAAAUGGUGUAAUUUUUUUCUAUCAGAUAUGAAUUAUUUAAAAUGACAUUGUAAUAAUAUAAUGUGGCAGCACUAUAAAUGUACAAGUUUUGCAUCGACUUAUAUUUCUGCAAGCGGUCUUUUUUUGCAGGGACGAUGUUCUGAAAAUAAUUUUGUGAGACUUCCUGAAAAAUAAUUAAAGAUAGAAUUGUGGAGGAAAGUAUAAAAUAUUUUUAAUCAAAGCAGUGCAUAGCGACGAAAAUGUCAAAAAAAAUGUCACGAUACCCCAGCGACAGAAAGGUAUAUGUGGGUGAUUUGGGCAAUAGCGCCAGGAAAAAUGAUUUAGAAUAUGCGUUUGGCGCCUAUGGAACUUUACGAAGUGUUUGGAUUGCUCGCAACCCGCCAGGCUUUGCAUUUGUUGAAUUCGAAAGCGCCCGUGAUGCGGCAGAUGCUGUGCGCGGUUUAGAUGGACGGACAGUUUGUGGUCGCCGUGCAAGGGUAGAAUUAUCUACAGGAAAGUUUGCCGGUGGUGGAAGUGGUCGAGGUGGUGAUCGACGCGGUAUGCGAGAUCGUUCUCGUAGAAACAAUUCAGAUGAUAACAAAUGCUAUGAAUGUGGAGGAAGAGGUCAUUAUGCUAGAGAAUGCCGACGUCGUGAUAGUCGACGAGGCAGCCGUCGCCGAAGCAAUUCACGGAGUCGAUCUCGCAGUGCUUCUCGCAAUCACAGAUCACGUUCACGCAGUGCUGCUUCGGCAAGCCGAUCACGCAGUCGGAGCCGUUCAGUUUCGGCGAAUAAAAGUUCACGCAAGUCACGAGAUGUCGCCUACAAUAGUAAGUCACGUGAGAAUGGACGUAGCACGACAGAGAAUGGUAGCACCUACCAUCGAUAUAGUGAGGACGAACGUAAUGGCGGCACCGGUGGUGCCUCACCGUCGCCAAAACGGCGUUACGAUGACUCCGUAUCACCGUCACCAAGACGUAACAUACCAACAAAACGUAAUCGACGAGGCGAUUCAACACCAUCACGAUCUAGCUCGCGCAGAGAUUAGCAGACAUCAGUUGUGGCAGUAACAGUAAAAAAAACAAAUAGACAUUGAGCAGCAUACACACUCGCUCGGUCGCAGUGCAUGAUUAUAAAGAUUUACUCCUCUCCUUCAUUUCAAUCAAAUCGCUAUUAAAAUCCAAAUAGUUGCAAACGAAUUCCUAAAAUUCGAAUAUUAUGCCGUGUGUCGUUUUAAGUAGACGAAGAGUGUUUAAACUUUUUAUGAAUAACUUGUAAACUGAAAAGACUUCUGAGAUUACAUUAAAUGGAUAAAUACUUCAUUCAUUCAUUUAUUGUUAUGGAGACAUUAAUUAAUGUAUUUACCACAAAUGAACAACAAUAACAAAGUCUGAAAACAUCUAAAAACAGCGAAAAAACAAAAAGUUCACACAACAUACAUACAUACAUACUACAUACGUUUGUAUUUUUUUAUUAUUUUAAUAUUUUAUAAGCUACUCAAUUUAAGCAGUAGAUUUAUUGAAUAGGUUUAACUAAAUUUAAGCUCAUUUCGAUUGAAUGCACAUUAGAGCCGAAACGCUACCACUGUUUACUACAAACAUACGAACAUGUUAUGCGCCAAAUAUUUCAUAAUUGCAUUUUGUACAAAAAUUGAUUUGUCAUGAUUUCGUUUAAAAUUUUCAAUAAAGCUGCACAAAUUGGUUGCUAUAAAAGUGCAAGAGUACAAUUUACAAACUA